UAUAAAAUAAGAUUGCAUAAAUUGAAACGAAAAUAUAACGAAUUUAAAAAAAAAUGCCAUCUGUUAGUGAUAAGUAAAAAUUUCAAAAUUCUUACAUGUGCAAUUUGGAAAGUAUUUGGGAAUUAAUCAUUUUUAUUUUAGACGUGUAGAAAUAAAAUAUCAUUUUAACACAUAGACCUAAGUUUUGUGAUAAUACCACCCAGAGAGCCAUUAUGGCUCACUGGAAUAAUUCAUAUUACGACGCUUCAACGAAUGCAUAUCCACCAUCGUCGUCAUCUUUAGAAGCAAAUCGAAAUAAUCAGUAUGAACAAUAUUGUAACAACAUUCCCGUACUCUAUGUACCAUCAGAACAAUAUAACAAUUAUUAUGAGCCAAAUUAUUCCCCAGGCCCGUCAACAUAUUCUACUCAAAAUGUUGUUUGGGCCAAUCAGAUAGAAUCAGAACAAAUAAAUGAUUCAAAACGUAAUAAAGAUCCUACUAAUAUCGUAGAAUUUCAACCAAGAUCAUCAGCUCCAUCACAACAUCCAGAAGAUUUAACAAACGCUGGAGGAAAUGCAACUGGUGCCGUUAAAAAGAAAAACACAUACACAAAUCGUCGCGAUAAUUAUUAUCAUCGUAAUAAUAAAUAUGAUAAUGGUAGAUACUCUCCAAAUGAUAAACGCGGAAUGAAAAAUGAUCGAUAUAAUGGCUAUCGUAAUCGUAAUCGAUAUAGCGAUGAUUAUAAUUAUCAACACAAAGAUGAGCAAAAUUAUAAUCGUCCAAAAACAACAAAUGUGGAACAACAAAAUCAACGAUUUAUAAGUAAUACACGCGAACAACAACAUUUUAAAAAUAAUCGAUUUACGAAUAAUCGUAAUUAUAAAGAUCGUAAAGAAGAUUUAGAUCGUCGCAUUUAUAGUGCACCAGAUAGUAGUUAUCGUGAUAAACGUAAUUUUACGCGACCAAAUUAUUCAAGACAAUUUAGUAGAAAUCGAGAGGACAAACUUCAAUCGUCCUCAUCGUCAAGUAUGAUUGGUGAUACGAAACAAAAUGAAAACGCAUCAAAAAAGGCUGUGUCGAAACGAACCAAUGUGGAAAAUUUUGUAACAUUACGUGAAAAAUUAACCGAACAAGCUCGAAAAGGAACUGUAGAAUGUUUAGUAUGUUGUGAAAGAAUUCGCCAAGAAAAUGAAAUAUGGUCAUGUCAAAAUUGUUAUCAUAUAUUACAUUUAUCAUGUAUUAAAAAAUGGGCAACAUCAUCAAAAGUUGAGGGUGGAGGUUGGCGAUGUCCUGCAUGUCAAUUUGUCACCACUGAAAUACCUAGUGAAUAUUUUUGUUACUGUCGAAAAAUUAAAUCACCAUCAUAUACGCUCGGUGAAUUACCACAUUCCUGUGGAGAAGUAUGCGGUCGUGCCUCGAAACGUUCAACUUGUUCACAUCAUUGUACAUUACUGUGUCAUCCAGGGCCAUGUCCUGAAUGUACAAUAUUUGUGAAUAGAAAAUGUGGCUGUGAGGCCACAACUCAAACCAUACAGUGUUCAAAUACCACUGUCAUCACCUGUGACAACAUUUGCAAUAAAUUACUGAACUGUGGAGUACAUUAUUGUACGAAAAAAUGCCACGUUGGUGAAUGUGCUCCAUGCGAACAGAAAAUUCAACAAACUUGUCACUGUGGUAAACAAGUACAAGAAGUUGCUUGCACAAAAGAAACCGUUGGUAAUGAAAUAAUAUCAUGUGAUAAUACAUGUGGUAAACAAUUAGCUUGUAAGAAUCAUACUUGUUCAAAAAAAUGCCACGAAGGCGCAUGUGAAGAAUGUAUUUUAUCACCAGAGUUUGUAACCACUUGCCAUUGUGGACAAACACCAUUAACUGAUGAUCAAAAGCGGACAUCAUGUAUGGAUCCAAUUCCCUGUUGCGAUCAAGUUUGCAAUAAAAAAUUAAAAUGUGGUCCACCUCAUUCUCCCCAUAUUUGCAAAUCAAUUUGUCAUGCUGGCGAUUGUCCAGUUUGUGAUUUAUUUACUUUAGUUCGAUGUCGUUGUGGACAUAUGGAUCGUGAAAUACCCUGUAAACAGCUCACAGGUCAUCCAGAUGAUGCUCGUUGCGAGAAAAAGUGUAAUAAGAAGCGUGCUUGUGCUCGGCAUAAAUGUAAUAAAUUAUGUUGUAUUGACCUAGACCAUGAAUGUACUAUGCCAUGUAAUCGAUUGCUUUCAUGUGGGAAACAUCGUUGUCCAGCUUCAUGUCAUCGAGGUCGUUGUUUACCAUGCUUAGAAUCAAGUUUUGAAGAAUUGUACUGUGAAUGCGGUGCAAACGUUAUUUAUCCGCCGGUACCAUGUGGAACUCGACGUCCUACUUGUUCAAAUCCAUGUAGACGACAACACGUAUGCGAUCAUCCAGUCAUGCAUACAUGUCACUCUGAAAGACAAUGCCCACCAUGUACAAUGCUAACAACAAAAUGGUGUUAUGGUAAACAUGAAGUACGAAAAACUAUCCCAUGUCACCAAGAAUCAUUCUCAUGUGGACGACCUUGUGGUAAAGAUUUAUUAUGCGGUCGUCACAAAUGUAUCGCCAUGUGUCAUGAAGGCCCAUGUUUAAUAGAUGGCGUAGCACAAACAGAAAAGUCAUGUAACCAACCAUGUAACAUUCCACGGCCUGGUUGUGGUCAUCCAUGUGCGAAUACAUGCCAUGAAGGCCCCUGUCAAGAUACUUCAUGUAAACAAAUGGUGAAAGUAUCAUGCCAAUGCGGUCAUCGUACAACAAUGCGAAGUUGUACGGACCAGAAUCGGGAAUAUCAACGUAUAAUGACAUCGUUGUUAGCAUCGAAAAUGAAAGAUGUCCAAUUAGGAAAUACAGUGGAUAUCGGUGAUCUAGUAAGCAAUAAUAGUAAUGGUAAUAAAAAAGAAGCGAAAUUAAAAACUUUAGAUUGUAAUGAGGAAUGUAAAGUAAUUGAACGAAAUCGACGGUUGGCAAUUGGUUUACAAAUACGUAAUCCGGAUUUAUCACAAAAGUUAACACCUCGUUAUUCAGAUUUUAUGAAGCAAUGGGCGAAAAAAGAUGCUCGAUUUUGCCAACGUGUUCAUGAUAAAUUAACUGAGCUGGUGCAACUAGCGAAACAAUCUAAGCAAAAAUCGAGAAGCUAUUCUUUUGAAUCCAUGAAUCGUGAUAAACGUCAUUUUAUUCAUGAAUAUUGUGAACAUUUUGGAUGUGAAUCAGCUGCGUAUGAUCAAGAACCAAAUAGAAAUGUUGUGGCUACAGCUUGUCGAGAUAAGGCAUGGUUACCCAGUUUUAGUUUGUUGGAAGUAAUACAACGUGAAUCUGGUCAACGUAAAGUACCGGGACCAAUGUUACGUACACCAAAUAAUGUUCGCCAAACAAAUUCGUCCGCAUCUACCUCACAAUUAACUUCAAUGCGUUUAGGCAAUAGAGAAUCAUCAUCACGUAUUGAUGCACCAACAACAUUAAUAUCGAGCAGUGCAUCAAUGACAACUGUUCGUAACGAUACAAUUGAUUAUUUUGAUAAUAAUCCUUCUGAUUAAUAAAAAA